AUGGCUGCCCAAGUAGAUGCAGACACCGUCAACAUGGCGCUAUUCUAUGGCACACCAGAGGAGAAGCAGUCUUUCUGCGACACUCUCGUCACUCUACUCAAGCAAAAGGGGUGCAUCAAGAUUCAAAACCACAGAAUACCCGCCGACAUGAUCCACAAGUGUUUUGCCAUGACGCGCCAGUUUUUCAACCUGUCGCUCGAAGAUAAAAUGAAGGCAAAGCAUCCGCCACAAGCCAACCCGAAUCGUGGCUACAGUUAUGUUGGGCAGGAAAAUAUUGCCGCAAUUAGCGGGUUCGGAAAGGGCGAUGGCUAUGGCCCAGGAACGACAAAGGACGUCAAGGAAACAUAUGACAUGGGAGCCGCAAACGAUCCGCUGGUGGACAAUGUAUGGGUGCCAGAAGAGUGUCUUCCCGGAUUCCGAUCCUUCAUGGAAAGCUUCUACGACGAGGCAUUCAAGGCAGAGUUGGACAUCAUCUCGGCCAUUUCCCUGGCGCUCGGCGUGUCCGAGGAGCACAUGCGAACGCUACACAAUCGGGCAGAAAACGAGUUCCGGCUCUUGCACUACCCGGCGAUCCCGGCAUCGACGCUGGCCGACGGCACCUCGACCCGCAUCGCCGAGCACACCGACUUUGGCACCAUAACGCUGCUGUUCCAGGACUCGACGGGAGGGCUGCAGGUCGAGAACCAGGACCAGUACGGCACCUUUCACGACGUGAUUUCGUCGGCGCCGACUGAUAUUAUUAUCAAUAUCGGCGACUCGCUCCAGCGCCUUACUAACGAUACCUUCCGGGCGGCCUGCCACCGCGUCACUUACCCGCCCUCCGUCCAGGCCGGGGAUGGCGACAAGGUCAUUCCAGAGCGGUAUUCUAUUGCCUAUUUUGGCAAGCCCAAUAGGGCGGCGUCGCUCCUCCCACUCAAGGAGUUUGUCAGCGAGGCCAGGCCAUGCAAAUAUGAGGACGUCACAGCCUGGGACUUUAACAACAAGAGGAUUGUCUCUCUGUUCUCGUAA